AUGGCACAGACCAUCGAGCUCGCGCAGACGGCGAAAAGAGAUCAUCUGAAGACUCUGGAGAAGAAAUACCAAGAACGCUGGCAAUCCGAGAAGCUCUUCGAGGUCAAUGCUCCACCCGCGGCCGACAUCACAGGCCUUUCGCCAGCCGAGGUCCAGCAAAAGUACCCCAAGUGGUUCGGAAACUUCCCCUUUCCCUACAUGAAUGGGAGCCUGCACCUGGGACAUGCGUUCACCAUCUCCAAAAUCGAGUUUGCUGCGGGAUACGAGCGGAUGCUGGGCAAACGUGUCCUGUUCCCCCAUGGUCUACACGUCACCGGGAUGCCGAUAAAGGCCUCUUCGGACAAGAUCAUUCGCGAGAUGGAGUUGUUUGGAGCCGACUUUGAGCGCUUCGAGCAGGUGCAGGCGGAAAUGGCGGCGGCAGAGAGAGAGGAGGAAGCAAAGGCUGGCCCAGAGGACAAAUCUAAGGCGAAGAAGGGCAAGCUUGCCGCAAAAUCAACCGGCCUGACCUACCAAUUCCAAAUCAUGGAGUCUAUCGGCGUCCCGCGUGCAGACAUCAAAAAGUUCGCGGACCCUCUGCAUUGGCUAUCCUAUUUCCCACCGAUCGCGGUUAGUGACAACAAUGCAUUUGGCUCGCGAAUCGACUGGCGGCGGACCUUCCUGACGACUGACGCAAACCCCUUCUAUGACUCGUUUGUGCGCUGGCAAAUCAACAAGCUAUACAAACUGGGCAAGAUCAAAUUCGGAGAACGAUACACGAUUUACAGUCCCAAGGAUGGCCAGCCAUGUAUGGACCACGAUCGUCAGGAUGGAGAGGGAUUUGGACCGCAGGAAUACACCGGCGUCAAGAUGGAGGUCCUUGACUGGAGUCCAGCUGCGAAGGAAGCCAUUGGGGACAAGGUUGGAGGAAGGAAGGUUUUUUUGGUUGCCGCGACUCUGCGUCCGGAAACCAUGUACGGUCAAACCAAUUGCUUCGUGGGCACAGGAAUCAAGUACGGAGUCUUCGCCGCCAACGACAAGGAGGCGUUCGUGUGUACCCUACGUGCGGCACGAAACAUGGCCUUCCAGGGCACCAUCACACCUCGCGGACACAUCGAGCAACUCGCAGAGCUCGAUGGCUCCAAGAUCAUCGGCACCAAAAUUCACGCGCCUUUCUCCGUCAACCCCCAGGUCUACGUCCUACCCAUGGACAACGUCCUCCCCACCAAGGGCACCGGUGUCGUCACCUCCGUGCCCUCGGAAUCGCCGGACGACUACCAGACCCUCAUGGACCUACGCAAGAAGCCCGAGUACUACAAGAUCGACCCUGCGUGGGCUGCACUCGAUCCCGUGCCUGUGCUCUCGACACCCACGUACGGAGAGAUGAGCGCGCCUGCGCUCAUCAAGCUGCUGAAGAUUCAGUCUCAGAAGGAUACGAAGCAGCUUGUAGAGGCGAAGGAGCUCACGUAUAAGGAAGGGUUCUACAACGGUACGAUGUCGAUCGGCGAGUUCAAGGGCGUGAGUGUGCAGGAAGCGAAACCCAAGGUUCGUGAGGCGAUGAUCAAUGCCGGAGUGGCUUUUGCGUACGCAGAGCCAGAAGGGCUCGUCAUCUCCCGCAGCGCGGAUGAGUGCGUGGUUGCUCUCAUGGACCAGUGGUACUUGGACUACGGCGAGCCAAGCUGGAGGAAGCAGACCGAAGAUCUAUUGUCAAGGAUGAAUACGUACACUCAAGAGACGCGACAUGGAUUUGAGAAGACUUUGGAUUGGUUGAACAAGUGGGCCUGUGCACGUACCUACGGAUUAGGCUCAGUCCUGCCUUGGGAUCCUCAAUUCUUGAUCGAAUCUCUCAGCGACUCGACAAUUUACAUGAGUUACUACACCGUUGCCCAGCUCUUACACGAAGGCGACAUAGAGGGCAAGAAGCCGGGCCCGUUGGGCAUUACCCCGGACCAAAUGACCGACGAGAUCUGGGAGUACGUCUUCUGCAAUGGUCCUUUCCCUGAUCCGUCGCCCCUGUCCCGUGAAAAGGCCGACGCCCUCAAGCACGAAUAUAACUAUUUCUACCCCUUCGACAUCCGCUCCUCUGCGAAGGAUCUCGUGCCUAACCAUUUAACAUUUGCCCUGUAUAACCACGCCGCAAUUUUCCCUGAGGACAAGUGGCCCUUGAGUAUGCGCACGAAUGGACACCUGAUGUUGAACGGGAAGAAGAUGAGCAAGAGCACGGGCAACUCGCUGACUCUCCGAGAGGCUAUCGAAAAGUUUGGUGCUGAUGCGACGAGGUUGUCGUUGGCGGAUGCUGGAGAUGGUCUUGAGGAUGCCAACUUCGAAGAGAAGACAGCGAACGCGAAUAUCCUAAGGAUACACACCUUGUUGAGUUGGUGUGAGGAGAUGGUCAAGGAUCAAGCCAGCCUCCGUCAUGGUCCGCGCAACUACCAUGACCAAGUGUUUGAGAACGAGAUGAAGGACCUCGUCAACACCACCCAAGCUCACUAUGAGGCAACGAACUACAAGGAGGCUCUCAAGUUCGGCUUCUACGAAUUUCAAAGCGCCCGCGACUGGUAUCGUGAGGUCACCUCCGAUGUCGGUAUGCACGCCGACCUCGUCCUUUCCUGGAUUCGCAACACUGCCCUGCUCGUCACGCCCAUCGCACCACACUUCGCAGAGCAUAUCUGGAGCACGAUUCUCGGAGAGCCCAAGUCUAUCCAGCUCGCUCUAUGGCCGACGCCCUCGACACCCGUCGACCCGACGCUCGUCGAGGCGGGCACCUACAUGCGCGGGACGAUCAAGACCAUUCGUGACGCUGAGGCGUCCCUGUUGAAGGCGCUCUCCAAAGCGAAGGGGAAGAAAGGUAGUGCUAAGAACGAUAGUACUUUCUUCGACCCCAAGAAGCCCAAGGCGGUGAGGAUAUACGUGGCGACGACGUUCCCUGAAUGGCAAGACGCCUGUGUCGGCAUCGUGCAGGAGUCGUAUUCGAAGGAGACUGACAAGGUUGAUGACGCGAAGGUCAAGCAGUUGUUGACAGACAAGGGCCUGAUUAAGGACAAGCGGACCAUGCCAUUCAUACAAGUAUUCAAAAAACGGAUGGCGCAGUAUGGGGCAGAAGUCGCCUUCCGACGAACGCUGCCUUUCUCCGAAAGUGCGGUAUUGAACGAACUCCUGCCUUACCUGAAAAAGACUCUUGGGUUAAUCAGUGCAGAGGUCCUCUCUGUCGACGAGGCUCGCCAGAAGGAGCAGCAGCCCGGUUUCACCAAGAGCAUCAUCGAUUCCUCGGAACCUGGCAGCCCGGCAUUCGAAUAUUAUAAUGUAUAG